AUGCUCACCCCAAACGGCAAGAAGCGAGCUACAGCAAGUGCUAAUUGCGGGCCCUGGAGCUGGGAGAAGUGGCCAGGUGGAAGCCCUGCCGCAGCCCAGCCAGUUCCGUUUGAUCCUGCCGCGAAAGCGUGUCUCUGGGGCCAGAUAUCGGCCCUCUCAUUGCAGGACACCUCUGCACGCGCAAUCCGCGCACAUCUCUACCCCAGAAACGCCGCUUCUUCCAUUCGUUGCCAUAUCGCCAUGCCACGAGGAAUCCUGAAAAACGCGCCCCGCGACGCAGAUUACUGCGCCGACGAGCCCGGCACGCUGAGCACGGACGCUGCGGAGUUCGACCGCAAGAAAGUGAUCGAGAACACGCGCCUCAAUUCCAAGCUGUUCCGAGACUCGUCCUCCAAGGGCGACCUGAUCCGGUCCAAGAUUCAGGAGCAGAAAGAGCGUCUGCAGCACGAGGGCAACCUGGAGCACCUCAAGUGGGACGAGAAGAACAUACUGAUCAACGAGCUGGAGAAAAGCGCAACCAUGAAGAUAGACGAGCCCAAGACUCCGUACGAAGGGGGGUUUGACCCAAAUAACGACUACUACCGCUCGGACAACGAGGAGGACGAGGUGGAGGCGCUCGACCUGGGCGAGGGCGUCGACGACGGCGCACAAGUCUACAGCGAAGAUAGAAUCGAGGUUGUGGAACAGCCCGAGCAUAAGUCUGAGUCGGAGCCUGAGUCGGACGACGAAAACAAGGAGCUGUCGCCGGAGGAAAAACACAGGUUGUUCGAGGAAAGACGCAAACAGCACUACCACUUGAAAGCAAACCCUUUGAAACAGCCUAUCCAGGUCAGCGACGACGAGGAAUAA